CUCCAUUACCCGUCAUGCACUGCACUACAUGACCCUUGGGCGAAAACAAGCCGAUCAGCUGCAACGUCUAAAAGCAGGGGGGCUGCUGCCGCUGCUGGAACAACAUAGCUUAGCUCUGCCGACAGCAGCUAUAUGUGGCAGUUCGGCAGGAUGGUCCCAGACGGCGGACGGGCGCAGCGUUAGCCCGGGUCCAGCCCGCGUCCUUAACCCGACAACCGUCCAUCCGGUCGGUGAGAACUGUUAGGGGUCCCAAUCUGACCUUCCAGGUUUACCAUGAGCGGCCAAGGUCCGGCGGUGGACAAAGGGAUGAACACGGUCCUGGUCUGCCAGGAGAGCUACGCCUGCGGCGGGUCGGACGAGGCCGCGUUCGAAUGCGACGAAUGCGGCAGCCUGCAGUGCGCCCGCUGCGAGCUGGAGCUCCACUGCCAGGAGCGCAUGCGGAAUCACGACCGGGUGCGGAUCGCGGCGGGUCACGUCCCCUUCUGCGACGCCUGCAAGGGGGACAGCGGCGGCGCCGUCAGGCUCAGGGCGGCGGUGCGCUGCCAGGGCUGUAAGAUCAACCUGUGCUUGGACUGCCAGAAGCGCACCCACGGCGGGGUAAACAAGAGGAAGCACCCGCUGACGCCGUACCCCCCCGCCAGGGCUCCUCCGGCGGGCGGCGCGGCCGACGGGGAGGCGGAGAUGGAGGUCCUCAAGUCGAAGCUGGAGAAGGUGUGCAGCUUCCUAUUGGUGGACGAGAGGGAGGAGAUGCAGGUGAGGGAUGAGGAGGAGUUUGUCGGCAGACUGGGCUGCACCCCAGAUGAGCUCCUCAAGGUGGUCUCCAUCUUUGGCAACACGGGGGAGGGCAAAUCGUACACCCUGAACCACACCUUCUUUCUCGGAAGGGAGGUGUUUAAGACCUCUGCCACACAGGAGUCUUGCACCGUGGGCGUUUGGGCAGCUUUGGACCCCAUCCACAGGGUCGUGGUCAUCGACACAGAGGGUUUGCUUGGGGCUGGAGCUAAUCAGGGACAGCGAACACGGCUUCUCCUCAAGGUCCUGGCCAUCUCUGACGUGGUGAUCUACCGGACGCACGCGGACCGUCUCCACGACGACCUCUUCAAGUUCCUGGGCGACGCCUCCGACGCCUACCUGAAACACUUCUCCAGGGAGCUGAAGGCGACCACGGCCCGCUGCGGUCUGGACGUCCCGCUGUCUACGCUGGGGCCCGCGGUGAUCAUUUUCCACGAGACCGUCCACACCAAGCUUCUAGGAUCAGACAAACCGUCCGAAUCGGCCGAGCGCCUGCUCCAGGAGCGCUUCAGGAAACUGGGGCUUUUCCCCGAAGCUUUCAGCUCCGUCCAGUACCGCGGGACUCGCACCUACAACCCGCCCACGGACUUCAGCGGCUUGCUCCGCAGCCUGGAGCAGCAGCUGGACAACAACAACACCCGGUCGCCGCGCUCCGCCAGCGUCGUCUUCAAGGCUCUGCAGGCCCUGAGCGAGCGUUUCUGCGGGGAGAUUCCAGACGAGCGAAUGACCAGUAACUCCUUUUUUCCAGACGAGUACUUCACCUGCUCCUACAUAUGCCUCAGCUGUGGGUCAGGCUGCAAGAGGAGCAUGAAUCACUUAAAAGAGGGACUCGACCACGAAGCCAAACACCGCUGCCGCUACUCGGCGCAGUACGACAACCGCAUCUACACCUGCAAGGUCUGCUACGAGGGCGGAAAGGAAGUGAUAGUGGUUCCCAAAACGACGGCCUCAUCCGACUCGCCGUGGUUUGGCUUGGCCAUCUACGCCUGGUCAGGAUAUGUGAUCGAGUGCCCGAACUGCGGAGUGAUCUACCGAAGCAGACAGUACUGGUACGGGAACCAGGACCCAGUGGAGACGGUGGUGAGGACGGAGAUCCAGCACAUCUGGCCCGGGUCCGACGGCUUUUUGAAGGACAACAACAAUGCUGCUCAGAGGUUGCUGGACGGAGUCAAAUACAUUUCUCAGUCCGUGUCCGAACUCAGCGUCAAGCCUGCCAAAGCGGUCACUUCCUGGCUGACCGACCAGAUUGCUCCCACCUACUGGAAACCCAAUUCCCUUAUCUUGAAUUGUCAUAAAUGUGGGGAGGAGUUUCAGCCCAACGACACCAAGCACCACUGCCGUGCCUGUGGAGAGGGUUUCUGCGACGCCUGCUCCUCUAAAAGCCGGCCGGUCCCGGAGAGGGGCUGGGGACUGGCGGCCGUCCGGGUCUGCGAUGCCUGUUUUCACAACCGAGGAAUUCCAACAGAGUUACUGGACGCUGCCCUGGAGGAAGAGGGAGGCACCCUGAUAGCGAGGAAGGUCGGGGAGGCAGUACAGAACACGUUGGGUGCUGUGGUCGGUGCCAUUGACAUACCUUUAGGUUUAGUAAAAGACGCGGCUCGCCCUGCCUACUGGGUCCCAGACCAGGACAUCCAGUCCUGCUGCGAGUGCCAAAGGGAGUUCUCUCCCCGCCUGUCCAUCCACCACUGCCGGGCCUGCGGCCAGGGCGUGUGCGACGACUGCUCCCAGGAGCGCCGGCCCGUGCCGUCCCGGGGCUGGGACCACCCGGUGCGGGUUUGCAACGGCUGUUUCCAGAAGUCCGGGGAGCUCUAGCAGGACAGAGAGCUGGAAUAGUUUUAAAAAAAAACGCAAGCCGGCCAAGAGCACGAGAGGAUAGCGCCUCGUCUAGGGAUGCCGUGGCGUCCUGGAGGCCGCAGGGGAACGGACUGUUUGUUGUUUCGUCGCUGGUCAGUGGUCUCGCAUCACUUCCCCUCUACUUGAUCAGCCUGACUUCAAUAUGCCUAAAAUUUUCACUGUGAAUAAUAGUUAAAGAUUGACUUUACUUUAAUUGUUAGAAGAGGUAAAAGGAUGCUUGCUUGCAGCCGAAUUCAGGUUACUUUCACCGUCUCUAGAUCUCCCUUUACCGUCGAUUUAGGCUCCUCAACCCUUUUGACAAUCCCUUCCUGUAUAACAGCCUCAUACGUUUAGCACCUUUUUUUUUCUAGUUUGGAGCCACUUGUAUGGAUGAUUUAGAAAGAAAAGCAUGAACUGUAGUUAUUACUUGCCUGCAAGAUGGUUCUUCCGCCCCCUCCCCCUUCACUUUUAGCAGUUUUGAACUUUAUCGUGUGAACUCUUCCAUCCCUACCGCCUGGCAGGUUAUUCUGUUGCAUCAAAAUUCAUUCCCAACAGUACAGUAACCCAAAAGUUCAUAUGCAAAUAAUUGUCACUUUUACCAGAUUAAAAUAUAUAUAUUUAGAAGUAAUUACAUAAUAACAUAGUAAUAUUCAUAGUUUGUGCACACUCAAGUGGCCCAUUAUGCAACAGCCUUCAUGAGGCUGUCCAUCUCAGUUGUUUAAAUUUUAAAAGGAACAUAUAAAACAUAUAUAAGGACAAGGUUUAACACAAGGACAUUUUUAGAGACUCGUUUUUAUGUUAAAACUAAAAUAUAUCAUAUAGGACAACAGGGACUGUUUUUAUGGGGUGACCGGUUCACAGAAACCACACAGUCUGAGUAAAGACUUACUUGAGGCUGGAUCCUCAAACCGGGAGACACAGGAGCUUUUAGUGGGCAAGUGUUCGCAUGUGUCGCAACUGGAAUAAUGAGUUUAACAACUUUGUGUUGGGGAGUUUUUUUUUGUUUUUCUUUCUUUUUUCCACAGGAUACGUGGGAAUUAUGAGACUUGACUGUAUGGGAGCUGCUUUGGUCUCGAAGUCAUCGGGUAAAUAAGACUUUUUGACCCGAGUCAGACCUCCUCUGUUAUCAGGUGAUCACCAAGUAAAGAUAUCAACCAAACAUCCA